GAUGACUGAUAUUUUCGCAUCUUCAAAUUAAUCCCUAUUUUAAAAUCACUGUGGGAUCCUUAUAGUCAAAUCAUCAACAUGUCUGCACUGUGGCUGCUUCUGGGCCUCCUUUCUCUUAUUGACUUAUCUGAAAGCAGCAAUUGGGGAUGCUAUGGAAAUAUUCGUAACUUCAAUACUCCUGGAGCAUCUUGCGGGAUUGGAAGACGCCAAGGCCUGAAUUACUGUGGAGUCCGUGCUUCUGAAAGACUGGCUGAAAUAGACAUGCCACACCUACUGAGAUAUCAACCCAUUCUACGUACUGUUGGCCAAAAGUACUGUGUGGAUCCUGCAGUGAUCGCUGGUGUCUUGUCUAGGGACACUCAUGGUGGCAAUGUUCUGCUCCAUGUGGGUGAUGGGACCAGGCUGGUACAGGACUCUGGCCAUUUUGUUCCCAUAUCUCUGAUCAGCUCGUCCCAAGUUUCCCAGAUGACUGAGGAGCUGACUUUUAGAAUAAAAGAAAUCCAGAGGAGGUUUCCAACCUGGACACCUGACCAAUACCUGAGAGGUGGACUCUGUGACUACAAUGGAGGUGCUGGCUAUGUCAGAGGCACCCAAGACCUGAGCUGUGACUACUGCAAUGAUGUCCUUGCGAGAGCCAAAUACCUCAAAAGACAUGGUUUCUGAUGUUUAAAUCAAAUUCAAGGCCACUAUUACACAUGAAAUCUCAACUGUUACAUGGGUAAAACUAGUCAAUGGGGCUUGUAAAUGCAAAUCUUAAGUUUGAUCUGAAGCUUUUCAAAAUAGCAUUACUGAUGUUAAAGGAAGAAUUGCAUUCUGUGGUCUGGUGUAUCUGUAUAAAUUAAAGACAGUAUUUUUGUUUGUUUGUUUA